AAAUUGAACACCUUAAUUAUCUUCAGACAAUACUACCAAGAGAUGUAGGUCAAAAAAAAAAAAAUACUACCAAGAGUUGAUGUGAUGCCCCGUGAAAUUGGACACCUUACGUAUCUUGAGACAAUACUACCAAGGGUUGUUGUGAGAAUGGAAGGUUCCAGGGGCCAAGUGAAAAAAGGCCAUUGUGGUUCGUAUAAGGAAAAAAAGGCCGAGUCCAAUGGUGGGCUAAGUCAAUUGAAGUUACUACACAACUUGGGGGGAGAAUUAAGAAUUGAAAAUCUAGGACAUGGAAAAGAUGAGGUGCGGGAAUGUGAAGAUGCAAAUUUAAAGGAUAAACAACAUCUUCAACAUCUGGAAUUAUUUUGGGAUUGGUGGAAUGGAGAAAGCGAAUGUGAUGAUGAAAUGCUGCUAGAAGGGCUCCAGCCACAUCCAAAUCUUAAACUGUUGGUUUUGACUUUUUAUAUGGGUGUGAGAAUUCCAAGUUGGGUCUCUUCUCUCACUAAUCUUGUUCGUUUUUAUUUAUCCUAUAAUGAAAGAUUGCAGCACCUCCCACCGUUAAAUCAACUCCCUUUUCUCAAGGUUGUCUCUCUUUGGGGAAUGAAAGCACUUGAAUACAUUUCAGAUGAAGACAGUGUUAGUAACGUGUUGGGUGCUUCCUCUUCUUCUUCUUCUUCUUCUUCAAAAACACCAUUCUUCCCAUCCUUAUCUUCUCUAGUUAUUGGGUAUUGCCUAAAUCUGAAGGGAUGGUGGAGGAAUUCAGAUGAUGAUGAUGAUAAUGAGCCACACCAUCUCUUACUUCCAUCAUUUCCUCCCUCUCUUGAGAAAUUACAUAUCACCCAUUGCCCUAACCUGACUUCCAUGCCCCUGAUUCCCCCCUCUUUGAAAAUGUCAGAAAUUUGGGGUUGUCCCAAAUUCUCCCCUCUUUACGGCUACACGAAGGAAAGAGUGAAGAUUGUCCCAAAUAAUCCAACAAGAAAAAACAAUUUAUUCAGAAUCUGAGUCAGAUUCAGUUUGUUAACAAUUCAAGAGGAGGGCUUAAUCUAGCAACUACCAUUGCAGGAAUUAGCUUAUUUUGCAGGUUAUUUUGUCACUUUCUCUGCCUUCUAAAGUCAUAGUCCUUGCUGCAUUUGGUUGUGAAGUCCCUGUAAUCUUGAGGCAGCAGCAAAUCUGUUCUUUUUUAAUCAGUGGGGUCCAAAUACAGUCCCACAAAAAUGAGUAGGAGAGAAUAUUGGAUAGAAGUUGGAAUCUUAUGGCAUCUUUAACUACUUCAGGCCUUGCAAUUGUGUAACACGUCCCAGAAUUGCAAGUGGAUUGUCAGAAUCUGCCGAAAACAAUUUCUUCAGAACCAACUUAGGCAAAGAACAAGCUUGGGUGCCAAAUUCAGACACUAUUCAAAAACUGCAAUUGUGCAACAGAAUCAUAGCAAAUUUCUUAGAACUUUGAAGGGAGGACUUGACCAGGCAACUAACACUGCAGGAAUUAGCUUACUAAACCGAACAAAUUAAGGACAAACCUGGCUUACCUUGCUCAAAACUUUAUGACCCAGAAAUUAUGACAAGUACAAUCUUGGACUCAAUGAAUCGUAGCAGCUUUGGUAUAAUUUUGAAGGGAGGAACAUGACCAAGCAACAAUAACUCAACGGGGAAUCAGCUUACUAUAAAGUCUCUGUUCAAACAAUGGGCAACAUGAUGCAUGUUCUUUUUUAUAAUCAUUGGAAAGCAGAGGGGGCAAGCAGUAUAAUGGAUGGAUAGAGUGUAUGGAGUUUUUAGGCCAAAGAGAGGUAGGAGGAAGGAUGGCUGAGCUGUGAUGGGUAAGAGAGGAAAUUUGAUUAAAUGUCCCAGAUUGGAAGGUUUUGGAGCAGACAAUGAAAAUGAGAGCAACCACAUCAACCUACUUUCCUCUCUUUCAAUUAGAGGAUUUAGAAUUAUAUCAGAUUAAUCAUUUAAAAUCACUUCUAGAGGAGAGGCUGCAGAACCUCAUUUCUCUCUAGGAACUCUAUAUAAAAAGGUACGAUGGACUGGGUUCUCUCCCUUGGAUAGGCAUCCUCACAUCACUACUAAGCCUUAACAUUUGGGAAUGUCCCAAACUAACAUCACUUCCUCAAGGGAUUCACAAUCUCACCUCUUUACAAGAACUAGGAAUCGAUAAUUGUCCCAAUCUGACGUCACUUCCUCAAGGGAGUCGCAAUCUCACCUUUAAAAAAGUUGGAAAUUCUUGAUUGUCCCCUCUUACGGCAAAGAUGUGAGAGGCAAACAGGUGAUGAUUGGCCAUCAUAACUCAUGUCCCAUACGUGUAUGUGGAUGGUCUGAUCAACCAAGAAGAAACAAUUUCUUUAGAAUCAGAAUUAGAGUCAAAAUCAGUUUGUUAACGCUUAGAGAGGACAUAAUCUAGGUCUACCAUUGUAGGAAUUAGCUUAUUUUGCAGGUUGUUACACUCAAAACAACACCCAGGUUUUAGAACUUUUGGUUUUUCCAGUGGUUGGUAAUUUGGCACUUUCUCUCUCUUCUAAAGCCGUGGCCCUUGGUUUUGAAUUUGGCCGUGGAGUCCUAUGUGAACAUGUGGCAGCAAACAUGAGUAUAGGAGGGAAAGAGUGGAAUCUGAUGGUGUCUUUAACUACUUCAGGUAUUUGUUUUUUUAUGAAGAACCGAACACCAAUUUUCUUGUUCUUGUUUCUUCUUCAUCUUUGCAUUUUCAGUUUUGAUAUUUUGAAGCUUCUCAAUCAAUUGAUAUCUCACGCAGAACAAAUUAAGGCAACAACUAACCUGGCGCAAAAUUUGGAUUCUAUUCAAAACUUUCUGGCCCUGAAAUUGUGCAACAAGUCAUGGACUCAAUGGUUAUCAUCUAUUUGCUUUAUAUUAUUUGGGAAAUUUCUUUCUGUUUUGUUUCCCUUUUGUAUGUGCAAAGGACUGUUGCUACUUAUAUUAUCUCAUCACAUAAACGGAGAAGAAAGGAUAACAUCUAUAUUGUUGUACGUAAAACUUCUUUGAUGUCAUGAGGUGAUGUUCUUUGUUUCAUUUCUGACAACUGUAGAAAUGGAGAAAAUCUUUUGACGCUUUAAGGGAGUAUCUACUCUGCCAACUAAGACUGCAGGAAUUAACUUAUUAUAAUGUAUUCAGUUUGGUCAAGUUUUUUCCUUUAUAUUAUAAGCUUUUGACAUGUUCUUGUAUUUGCUAAAUAUUGAUUUACACAUAGUCAUUUGGGUAAUUAGUAAUAGUAACUAACUAAUGACUUAUGUAGUUUAUGCGGUGAGAUAAUAAGGCUGAAUAAUAUCUUCUUUUCCCAAAUGUUUUUGGAGAAUUUGUUUUUUGUCAAAAGCAUAAAAUGAGAUCAAGUCCAAUAGGUUUAUUUAGUCUAGCGUGCCUAUACAUGCUCACAAAUCUUACGGUAUAUGUAACAAAACAAUUCUCCAUCAUUCCAUUUCUUAUCUCUUUAUUUGAAAAAAUAUAAAAUUUCCAAUUAUAUUCUGGACAUGUUCUAACAUUCCAGAUAAAACCUUGGUAAUCUGUCAACUUUGUUACUUUUUUUCUAUUUUUUUAUUUUCCUACUUUUAUAAGCCAAGUCACUUUAAAAACUUUUUUCCCUAGUGGUUUAAUCUUUUGGAUCUUGUGGCACCUGCCACUGCUACAGCCUCUACCUCAUCUCCAAAUAUAUCAAGAUACUUCAUAACUUCCAUUAUUGUAUGAAUGAAAACUGAGCAUCCAAUUACCUUGUAGGAAUUAGCUUGUUAUUCCAGUUGGGAUGAAGGUCACUUCAACAAUUUCUUUGAAGCAAGUGCAAAGUGUGAAGUUGAUCCUAUCUUUGUGUACUAUAGAGAGUAAAGAAAAGGGAGAAUUUUGGUUGAAUUCCACUUUGAGGAUUAUUAAUCAAGGAAGAAUUGGUGAUUGAAGCUUUGUCCUAUUGUAUUCUCUCUAGAAGCAAGUUUUGAGAAGCCUUCAGAAAAGGCAAAUUUGAGUUCAAAUAAAAGCUGUUUCAGUUUCAGCUCCCAAUGUUACACUCAUCCUUUGCCCAUAUGUUUGCUGGAGUUCUCUUGGAUUUUUUUUUGGUCCAACUUAAUUCGGUAAGAUACUUGGAGCUUCUGUUCUCAUUUUGCAGACUAAUUGUUUCAAUGUUGGAUAGCUGUUCUUUUGGGUUAUUAGAGUGCAAAAUAGAGAUGGCGGUUCCAUUGAGCACACAACUUGUCUCAGCUCCUUUUCCAUGAGAGGGAUAUCAGCCAUUAUAUGGUUGUGAAGUUAACCAUUGGAGGGUCAUCAAAAGGGGAUUAUUCAACAUUAAUACAGAGCAAAUUUUGUAUUAAGUCUAGAAUUUGACCUAUUACAAGGAAGAUGGUUAAGAUCGCUCAUGAUAAUGUGGAUUGGUCAUUUGUCCUUCUUUGGAAAAGUAUUAGUCAUCUUCAACAGUAGCGCCAGAGAAUGAGAACAGUUGAACAGAUUCAUUCAUUUCAUUAGGAAUGCUGAUUUUGCAAUUCUCAACUUGUUUAAUGUUGCUGUUGGUUAGAGUAUCAAAUAUUUCAUUUCUUUUUCAAAUUGUAUGAUUUGGAUGGCCAGCUUUGUUCUGCACUUUCGUGUGAACCAGUUUGUCAGGCUGUUCUUUGCUACCUGGAUUUGAUUAUAGCUAUUGGCUGCUCUCCAUAGUCCAUACUUGUAUGUCAA